CCGCCUCUCUCACUCUCGCGGCCUCCCGCGAGACCACGCGUCUCGCUUUGUUCGCCGUCCGAGAAGGAGAGAGUUUUCUCUCUCACGCGGCAUCGGCCCCGGCGAGGCCCACCGAUCGGCCUCCCGAAACGGCGAUCCGCUGAUGAUGAUGAGAGGAGGCCGCGCUUUGCUGAUGGCGGAGGUGGUGGUGGUGGUUGUUCUGUCGUUACUAGUGCCGCGUGGAGCGGUGGUGGAGAGUACGAACGCGGUGACGACAACAACGACGACGACGACGAUGACGACGACGACGACGUCGAGGACGACGACGAUGUCGACGGUAACGGCGACAAGGACAAUGAUGAGGACAGUGUUUCCUGUGCAGCGAGUGUAAGUGAGUUCAACGAACGCUGGCGGUAACGGCGUCAAGAGACUUCUACAGAGGCGGACGGUGUUUUUGAAUUUCCGGACAGGCACUCUCUCUCUCUCGUUUCUCGCACAUUAGGUGUGCAAGGAUCUUAUUGCACCUGCGCACAAUAACGAUUGUUCUGAUAGCAGCGAAACGAACAGCUAGAAAUGUGCGUUCUAACCGUAUCUUCUAAAUGAGCCUGGUACACCGCAUUAUACAGGUCGAUUACUCUCGUGGCAUUCUUCUCGGAAAUGGCCAUAAUAAAUUAGCGAUGUUAACUGACGGAUGAAUGAGACUUUACGCUGAAUCUGGGACAUAUUGCUCGAGAAUAAAUGUAAGGUUUCUAGUUGUGGAAACGUCUACAAAUAUUUUAUAGUAACAUUUAUACAUUAAUCCAAUAAGACAGGAAUUACAUAUAAGAACAAAAGCCUAUAGAAGUUUAUUUUCAGCGAUUUUAUUCUUGAGUGUAAUAAUGGAUUUUUGAUAUCAAGAUGACGCAAGGAAGUAUGUUCUUUAUCUCGAAACUAUAAUUUCAAAGUAACAAAGAAUAGUGGACGCUUUCUCAAUAUACAAAGUUCAAAUGGUUCCAAAUAGAUGUGCACGAUCAUGGUUCUAUAACAAACUAUAAUAUGCCAGAAUACUUAUCAAAGCAUCGUUUUUAAACAGAGAUAGCAUAUAAUAACAAUCUUAAUCGCUUGAAAGAAAAAUUGCUGAGUCUUCAUUAAUUAUUUAAAUUGCGUUAGUAACGCAACUUUAGCUUCGGAGAAAUCAUAAUGAUAGCUGUCCUAUUAUUUAUAUUUGCAUUUUCCUACGCACGCGAGAGUAGUUCGAGUUACUGUUUAUCGCGUUAAAAAUAAUCUAGCGAACCGCACCCCGAACGAUCCGUCCGUUCUUUUCGCGCGCGACGGCACGUGAUGUGGUAAUUGGGGGAUGCAAAGAGCGGACAAUUCAUUCAGCGUUCGACGCGAUUUUGCCGUCUGCCGUCUCCGUAGAGUCGUAGACCAACAAGACGAUAUUGAUGAUCGAAUUUGGGCAGUCGUGCCUCGAUAACGGAGUUACAAGCGCGACGUCGACGGUGCCGGCCGGGAAAGAUGGCGGUCUUAAUCGAAUUAAGGCUACAAAGAGAAACGGUCCUGCGUCCGACCCUUGCGAGCCGCCGGCCGGACUCCUCUAACUGGCUAUUAGCUUGAAUUUUGGUAAUAGCGAGCAUGGGGUCACGCGGGGUGACUGCUCACUCGUCUAAGAAUCCACUCCUGACAUUUAUAUCGCAUUCCUCGCUCAGAUUUCGAGGGAUGCAGGUUUAUCAAGAUUUAUGGAACGCUGACCAAUAUGAACGUUUCGAGAAUGGCAACAUUGAUGACUUAACUGAACUAGAUGGAGAAAUGAUCGCCUCAUGUCCAAAACUUUCAAAUAUGUAACAUUGUUCUUAAUAAUUGUGUUAUUUACGGCCAUUCCAGGAAGAGAGAUGCCGGGUAAUGAAAGAAAAUAAACAGAAUUUUACUUACGAGUAGAGUUAAUGCUAGCAAUAAUUGAAA